UUGAAGCUAAGCAGCAAUGGUGCACAACAGGCAUUAAAAUUUUGUAAAUUUAAAAGUUGGAGAAGUCUUUACAAUUGUGUUUACUUAUUUUUACUGGGUUUAAAUACACCCAAGUAAUGCACGCGCAUUCUGAACGCACUUGGCCUUGACUUUUUCGUAUUCCAAAAGGUAAAAGCCGCAUCAGCUACCGGCUACGGAAAGAAAGAGCCAGAAAUUAAACCGAAAGAAAUUAAAACUGUCUUGCUGGCGAACUAAAACGCAGUGGAAGUACAUAUGUACAUAUUUAAGAUCGGAACGCUUUGCUUCCCAACGCGCGUGUGUGUGUGUUAGUGUUUUUGCAUGUGCCGUCGGUAUUGUGUGCAAUUUUUUUUUGUCACGACUUCGAAAGCAAGAAUUUUAUAAGUAAAAAGCCUACAUAUGUACAAACCUACAUAAAUCGUUAAGAGUGUAUGUACGUAUUUACAUCUCUAUAAAUGUAGGCUUUUGUUUAAAAAGAAUAAAACUCGUGGUAGAAUUGGAUAAUUUCUGCCCACCUAAAGGUAACUCUCGGAGCUGCACUCUGCAUUCGCCCUCAAUUUAGUGAGAAGAAAAAAAGUUGAUUUUUGUUUUGUGAGCAUCAAUACCUGCUUUUGUAGCAGCACCUACUACCUCCUUAGAUAUUAACUUAAAAUAAACCUCAAUGGAUGCUCAAGAGCGUAAAAUAAUGGAUACAAAUGGUUAUAUCACCACUACCAGCAGCAACAGCAACGACAACAGCAAAAGUAACAGCACAAGUAACAGCACAAGUAACAGCACAAGUAACAGCACAAGUAACAGCAUUGGCAGUAGCAGUAGCACCUUCAGAAGAUGGGGUCUGGAAAUUCCCCAUACCAUUUCCCUUAAUCCCUUUAUACCUUUAUUAAGAGAAUAUAAAACUACUUCUCGCUCCUUUUUUAAUCCAACCCCAGACAGCACUCUUAAACGUAAACGACGUUCAACGAUCGAAUCAAAAGAUGCUAAGGAUCUUGAAAUUGGGGCUGAGCUACCAUCUGCUAAGCGUCAGCAUAUGGCGCCCACGCUCUUUGGUGGCGAUCCGCCAAGCAAUGUCUCAUCAGUGGCCUCGUCAUUAUACAUAUCGCCCAUUGCUGUCGAUGAGUCGAGUACCCAAGAGCUGCUUAGCAUUAGCAGCUCAAGGGCCGAGGAGCUAUCGACAGCAUCGCACAGCCCGCUACCCGAUAGCCCCGACAGUCCAGAUAGUACGCCCAGCACCGGUAGUGGCUUCACACAGAAACAGCCGAUUGUCACACAUUAUGCAGGGCUCAACUAUAUGCCUUGCGUGGAUUACGGCUACGAUGAGGAGGAAGUGGAGGACGAUGACGAAGAGGAAGAGGAAAUCGAUUCGUCUAGCACAUCGCCAGCAUCGACGGGCUCCUCGGCAGCCACAAAUUGCAGUCAAAAUGGCGAACGUACGCCAGCCCAGCAACAAAGCUUGUCUCUGAAUAUCGGCUGUACUGUUAACAGUAUAAAUAAUAAAAGCAUCAAUAAUAAUAAUAAUAACAAUAAUACAAAGCCCAAAGUGAGGUCCUUAGAUGACUUCAUGGCCACAAAUUACAAAUGCAUGUCACCUGCUGUUGAAACUUCCCUGCGACAAUGUCCGCUGCCCGCACUCUCCUGGGCAAACGCGGCUGAUGUCUGGAAGCUGAUGUGCCAACGGGAUGAGGAAGGUGCACGUUUACGCAAUAGUUCCAUGCUAGAGCAACAUCCGGGACUGCAGCCACGCAUGCGCGCUAUUCUUCUCGAUUGGUUGAUCGAAGUUUGCGAAGUUUACAAACUACAUCGUGAAACAUUCUAUCUGGCUGUCGAUUACCUCGAUCGCUACCUACAUGUGGCAACUAAGGUGCAGAAGACGCAUCUGCAGUUGAUUGGCAUCACUUGUCUGUUUGUAGCCGCCAAGGUGGAGGAGAUCUAUCCUCCGAAAAUCGGCGAAUUUGCUUAUGUCACCGAUGGCGCCUGCACGGAACAAGAUAUUUUGAAUAAUGAGAAACUGCUGCUGCAGGCUCUCGGCUGGGAUAUCAGUCCAAUUACAGUCGCCGGAUGGCUCGGUAUAUAUAUGCAAUUGAAUGUGAACAAUCGCACUCCGGCAUCGUUUGCCCAAAUUGGCAGGCAGGCGCAUGGAGGCGCCUCCACCUCCUCCUCCUCAACACCAGUCGCUGAUGACUUCAUCUAUCCGCAAUUCUCGGCCUAUGAGUUCGUACAGACAGCACAAUUAUUGGAUCUUUGCACGCUCGAUGUAUGCAUGGCCAAUUAUUCAUAUUCGGUGCUGGCAGCAGCAGCCAUGAGUCAUACAUUCAGUCGCGAAACUGCCCUACGCUCUUCGGGUCUCGACUGGCAAAUCAUACAGCCGUGUGCACGCUGGAUGGAACCAUUUUACCAUGUCAUCUGCAAAAGCGCACCAUAUCUGCAUGUGAAUGAGCAAAACGAACAAGUCACAAAUCGUUUCGGCUUAGCUCAUGUGUGCCCCAAUAUUGUAACCGAUGAUUCGCACAUCAUUCAGACGCACACAACCACUAUGGAUAUGUAUGACGAACUGCUCAUGGUUCAGAAUAAUUUGCAUGCUAUGCGCGCUCGCACUCAAGCCUCGCCGGCCACAGGAUUGCGUGCCCCCGAGAACCUGUUAACGCCACCCGCCUCUAGUCACAAGGCCGACGACUUUUUGGCCGAUGAGGAGGAGGCUCCCGCAGAUAGCAGCAGUAUUGCUAAUCGGGAGAAUGUCGCGCUUGCGGUUAACAGCAGUGGCAAGGACAACUGCAAUCGCAAAUAGUUGUCACAACCCCCUAAAAAAAUCUCAAUACGCCCGCGCUCACACAGUCUAGACAUUUAAGUGUUUCGUAUAUAUAAAUUAUUAUUGUUCUUAUAAGAAGUUGCAAAUUUAUUCGUUGCCUAAUAAUUAUGCUUAAGCACAAACAAAAAAACACAGCAAACAACAAACAGAAAAAAACAAAA